AUGCGCCUCCAUCUUCUGGCCCUCUCCGGGCUGAUUCUGUCCACAUGGGCCGCCGAUGAGACCACCAAAACCACCGGUCAACUCCGCUCGCUACUCACGCUGGACGGCACCGUCACCUCUCUCAGUGAUGUCGAAACUCCCACAGGCAACUACAUCUCCUACACGUCUACCCGCACUCUCACCGCCAACCAUGGCGGUAUGGUCACUGGUUCGGCCACCACAGAUACGGCCCUGGUCACCGAGUCGGCGUCGCAGAAUGCAACCGCUACGUCUACCUCCUCCCUCACCCUCCUGAGCGGUAACCAUACAAGAUUGUCCAACAACAGUACCUCCAAUGCGACAUCUACGGCCACCUCGACCUCCUCUCCCCCGGUCAACACCCAGCCUUGUAACAACUACCCGGAGUUCUGCGCCCGGAAAUACUCCAACAUCACCAUGGUGGCCGCCCACAACAGUCCCUUCGUCCAGCCGGGCAGCGUGGCGGCCAACCAGGCGUUGAAGGUGGAGGAUCAGUUGAACGAUGGAAUUCGCAUGCUGCAAUUUCAGACGCAUUACACCAACAACACCAUCUAUCUCUGCCACACCUCCUGUGAACUGCUGAAUGUUGGGCCCCUGGAGGACUAUUUCGUCACCGUCACCAAGUGGCUGCGCACCCAUCCAUACGACGUAGUGACCAUUCUGAUUGGUAAUUACGACUACGUGGCGCCCGGAAACUUCUCUUCGAUCAUCGAGAGCUCCGGUCUGAUCGACUACGUGUACACGCCGCCCAAGAUCCCCAUGGCGCUGGGCGAUUGGCCCACCCUGUCCAGCAUGAUCUUGUCCGGCAAGCGCGCCGUCGUCUUUAUGGACUACCAGGCCAACCAGACCGCCUAUCCGUGGCUGAUGGACGAGUUCUCCCAGAUGUGGGAGACGCCUUUUUCGCCCACCGACACCAACUUCCCCUGCACCGUGCAACGGCCGCCCGGGCUGAGCGCGCAGGACGCGCACAAUCGCAUGUACAUGGCCAACCACAACCUCAACCUGGACGUCGACCUGGCCGGCAUCAACCUCCUGAUUCCCAACACGGCGCUCCUGAACCAGACCAACGCUGUAGAGGGGUACGGAAGUCUGGGGUGGAUGGCCGACAACUGUACCACGAAAUGGAACCGUCCGCCCAAUUUCCUCCUCGUGGACUACUACAACUACGGGAGCUUCAACGGCUCCGUGUUCGAGGUGGCCGCGCAGAUGAACAACGUCACCUACAACCAGCAGUGCUGCGGGAUUGCAUCCGGGGCGAUGAGUGUGAGCCCGCCGGGUCUGGCGGCGACACUGCUGGUGCUGGGGGUGGUACAAUGGAUGGCGAACAUAAUCUAA